UGCUGCUCGUGUGACUCUCGGAAGUACAUCGGACUGCAACGUUCAACAUCCCGAAAGUGUAACGUACAUUGUGUCAUUUCCUACAGGACGCCACCUUGUUCCACCGUCUUUGCAAUCAAAAGGAGGGGCUUUAACACGACAAAAGGUGGGAACAUUAAGUGAAGAACAGGAGAAUAAAGGUUUUUAUUUUUUACAACAGUGCGACUUGUUUAAAUUUGGCGGUCUGAGUCGCUCGGUGCGCCAGUCACGUUCCAGAUAGAGCCCUGGCCAUUUGGGUUCCUUCCGUUAACACAUUGUACACAACUACUUCCUAUCCCGCUGACAAAAUCGUUCGUCGUGGCCUUAUUGGCAUUCCGGGUACGACUACCGUCACCGCCCUCCUUUUCCGUUACUAUCAGGAGGAAGCAGUGUGAUAUCCCGUAAGAACAAAGUUUUCAACAAAAUUGCACGAUAUGCUGUUGGCCAGGUAAUAACGGUGAUAAUUUCAAAAAAACAAAAAAAAAACAAGCGAAGAUCCCGUUUUUUUGUUGUUUGAAUCGCAUACAAAAAAAAAACACGUAACUCAACAACGAUGUUGCAAUGUUUGGUGUCAAGUUUUGCACUGAAAAAUCCGUUUUCGUGGACAUCGAAUCGAAGGUGAAGCCGUUCGAUUAUGGAAUGGUCGCGAUGAGCUCCUCGUGGGUGCUGAGCGUCACCAGAUGGCUGGCCAUGUCGUCCGUCCUGACCGCGGCGCGGGCUGCGUUUUCUCCCGAAGUGGUGGAGAUGAUCCAGUCAUGGGCGCCACUCGUCUGGCUACACAGUGGCGAACAGUUCAUGCCCAGCAGCGUCGAGUUCUUCAUGGAACAUGUCACGCUACAGAAUCGCAAAGGUCGAGUCCUCGACCAACAACCCACUCUCAACAAACUGCCGGGCGGGCCGUCUUCGACCGUCCUUCACCUUCAAUCGCGUCAAAAGCUCACAUGUCCAGCUUGUUUGGGACCGACCUUCUUUCACGGAAACAACGUCAACAAUGGCGGCGUGCCUGUUUACGCUAUCGUACGCGAGUAUCAAGAUGCCUGGAAAACCAUCGACGUCGUCUACCACACUUUCUAUCCUUACAAUCGCGGCAAACAAGUGUGCAUCGGAAUUUCCACCGGAAAAGAAAAGGAAAAAUGUUUGGGCAAUGUCGAGAGUUUCGGUCAUCACGUCGGAGACUGGGAGCACGUAACUUUACGAUUCCAGAAUGGAAAGCCGCACAUCAUUUACCUGUCCGUCCACAAUUUCGGAGCUUAUUACGUAUGGAAUGAAAGCGCCGGCUUUUUUCAAUUGCACAAAGGCGAAUCGCCCAAAGAAAAGGCAGCACGUCGCGGUCGACGGCGGAAGUUUGCACGCGACUUACAAGUGACUUUCCCGACCGUUUUGCACGUCUCAGGCAAACAUCCGGUACUCUACAGUGCCAAUGGAUCUCAUGGCAUUUGGGCAGGUCCAGGUAAACAUACGUAUUCGACCUUCCCGCUAUUAGAAGAUUUUACUGACCAAGGUGUUGCCUGGAAUACCUGGGAGAAUUUGGUGGUUAUACCCUGGAACGAUACUCCCUACCCAUAUGCCGGACCACUGGAAUGGCUCAAUUUCCGUGGUGGAUGGGGCAAUGCCAAAAAUGGAUGCGAUUUGGAGCCUCUUAGCGGUGAAUGUCGGCUUAAUCAUGGGCCAAUCUUUCCGGGAGGGCCGGACGAUAUGCCGCCACCUCGGAUCCAGCGCUCUCGACAAGCAGCGCCUACCGUAGCGCCAAUACUUCAACUGCCACCGCCGCAUUACGUUGCCUAUCCGCCGACGGUCCCGCAAUAUGCGCAACAAGCAGUGCCAGCGAGCCGGACGUCCAGCUUACUUAACUAUCGCUACAAGAGGCGGGAUCCUGCGACAGGAUCAACUCCGACAAAAGCCAACACGAAAGAAGAGCCAAAUGGAGAGUCCGACACGGAUGCCAAUGCCAAGUUAUCAACUAAUCGCCUAGUCACGUGCGUUCCGGAAGAUUCCUCAACGCUGUCGCCAUGACAAACUUAUUAUUGAAUCCGGAUAAGAAGAAGAAAAGCAA